UCCCGUGAGACGAUAGGUUUUGAGCUACGAUACGCCAACCUCCUCCUCAUCCUCCUCCAUCCAUCCAUCACCCCUUCUCGUCUUCGUACAGAAGAGGGGGUUCGCUUAGGUUGAGCAGCGGGACAACGCGCGGAGAGAUGGGGUACUAUCUCGGCAGCGUAGCACCGUAUCUCCUUCCGACGGACGAUGCCCAUGCAAGACGGCCGAUGAGGAUGAAUUCUCGAUGUUAACUGUAGGCAUUGUGGACACAUUCCCUAGCAACGGUGUCGCGCGCAUAGUGCAUAAUUGUGCAAAGGAAAGCACCGAGUACCCUACUCUGAAGAUGCUGGACGCCGAGCUGGAGGAAAAUGGCUUCUGGCAAACACUGCGUGUCUUGGGGCUUGGGAGUCUUAGUUCCUAUCAAAAAGUGAAGAAGCGAAGACGCGAGAUACCCUUUACUCGCAUACGAAUGCCAACUUACGUUCCCUCCACGUUCGACGUCCUACACCUUCAACUAGCGUCUGCCCUACAGAAAGUUAAACCAAGUCUUGUGGUCUUGACAGACGCAGUGACAGUAGCCAAAAGGAAAGAACCCGCCCGCCCUGGUAGAGCUGGGAGCUGGGAGGGGCGGGCGUGCGUGCUGGCGGAUGGAAAAUGGGCUCAGAGCAAUUACGGUGAUACCGAACCGUCUUGGAUUCCCCACUGCAAAAAGGUCCUCCAAGACAGACCAGACUGUGAGACCCAAGCUGGAGAAAACGGGGACCCUUGGGCUGAGGAUCGAAAAAAAGGCUGGCAGAUCGACAGGGUACGUGUCUUGGCGCACAGCCCAAGGGAUCGAGAGUUUGCGCGUGUCAUCAGAGUCUAGCCCCUUUCAGGCACAAUCUCGUCUCUCAGUAACUAACGUCCAUGUGGUUAUGUCGGUGCUGCCGUCUCCUCGGUUGUGGAUCGUGGGAGUAUGGAGCCGGGAGGGAGGGCUCUCCGUCUCUUGCUACUGUUAGUUGCAUAGACGGGAGAUGAGGGCGGGGAGAGGCUCUCUUGGACGGGGUAAA